CGUUUGCAAAAUAUCCUAGCGGAGCGCUUAGUAUCGCCAGGGACUCCAGACUGCUCCAGACCCACGAGCAAAUAAACACGCUAGAACAAACAAACUUUAUAAACUUGUUAUGAGGUCAUUUUAGGAAUGAUUUUGCGAAGAUAUUGUUGCAGCUUACGCAAUAUGAAGGGAAUCAAGGCAGAAGAAAUUAUAGGUGAUUUGCCCACGGGACCUUUGGGUAAUUAUAGGAAGCGGGCUAGCUUCAAUUGGAAAUUAUUGAGAUACAAUUUAUAUGGAGAGGAUCAACUCUUAUUCCAGGAGAAAUUAUGGAAUUUAUUCAAAGUUUCGUCAGUGUUUAAAAGUUCAAGAAAAACUGUACCUGUAGAUGAGCAACGGAGGCAAACUAUUUUGCAAAUGCGUGCUUUAUUAACAAAUGAUAUUUUGCCAUAUGAACAUCCACAUUGGAUUAAUUCAGUUUUGUAUUUUAAUCCAUCUCUCACAAUAAAAACUGGUAUUACGUUCGGUAUGGUAGUGAGCACUAUGAUGGCAUUAGGUACCGAACAACAUGGGGAUAUCAUUGAAAAGCUACAAGAUGGUCGAUACACUGGUUGUUUUGCACUAACGGAAGUUGCACAUGGCUCUGAUGUCAGAGGUAUGAAAACCACAGCAACUUAUGACCCAAACACAAAAAGUUUUAUUCUUCACUCCGAAGACUUCAAAGCAGCAAAAUGUUGGGUUGGAGGUCUUGGUCAAACGUCAACGCACGCAAUGGUCUUUGCUCAACUAAUUACUCCUGAUAAAAAAAACAGAGGACUACAUUUGUUUAUCGUUCCAAUUCGCGAUCCGGAAACUCUCUUACCAUAUCCAAGAGUAACGGUUGGAGAUUUAGGUGAGAAGAUUGGUUUAAACGGGAUAGACAAUGGUUUCGUGAUGUUUCACAACUACCGCAUUCCACGUAUAAAUUUACUUAAUAAAACUGGAGAUGUGACAGAGGAUGGCAAAUACGUUUCUCGUCUGAAAAAGGAGAGUCAACGGUUAGGUGCAUCACUUGGUGCCUUAUCAAUGGGCCGUGUCAAUAUCACGUGUGUUUGUACAAAAUACAUAUCACUUGCCAUUGUCAUUGCUAUUCGAUAUUGUGCCGUUAGGAAACAGUUUGGACCUUCGUUGGAAGAAGAAUGGCCAGUAAUUGAAUAUCAAGUGCAGCAAUGGCGACUGUUUCCUCAUCUAGCAACCACAUAUGUUAUGACGAUAUUCUCUGAGAUAUAUGUAAGAAAACUACGAAGUUUUCAGAUCUCAUUAUUAACAUCAGAAAACCGUGAAUUAGUUAGCGCCGAGGGUAUGGAAUUUCACGCACUGUCAUCUGCUGUGAAACCACUAUGUUCUUGGAUGACGCGUGAUGCGAUUCAAGAUUGCAGAGAAGCCUGUGGUGGUCAUGGUUACCUUGCAGCAUCACGCUUGGGACAAUUAAGGGCUGAUAACGAUCCGAAUUGCACAUACGAGGGGGAGAACAAUGUACUCAUUCAACAAGCUAGUAAUUGGCUACUAGGUCUCUGGUCGAAUAUUCUCGAAGGAAAAGAAAUUUCAUCCCCGGUUGGAUCUGCGAGCUUCCUAUCUGACGGACAAAAUAUUCUUCAGCUGAAAUUUAAUCACACAACGAUCGAGGAAGUAUUAGCGCCUGAAAAUUUACUCACAAUGUUAAAGUGGCUGAUCUGUUAUUACUUGAAGAAAACUCAUCAACAAGUGGUAUUCUUGAAAAAAAAUGGAGAGAGUGAUUUUUCGAUCAGAAAUAAUUCUCAAGUAUUCCUUGCUCGUACUCUUGCUCUUGUGUACGCAGAGCACACUCUGAUGAAAACUUUCCUGGAUCAUUUGCAAGAGUCUAUGUGGAGUAGCGAGGAGAAAUCUGUUCUGACUAAAUUAGGUUCACUUUAUGCCGCUACUUGUUUGGAAAAAAGACUUGGCGAUUUAUAUGCUGGUGGUUAUGCAUCAACCAGUGACGGUAUCGACACUUUAUUACGAGAAGGAAUUAUAACCUUGUGCAAAGACUUAUUGAACGAAGCGGUGGCACUGGUUGACGUUCUUGCACCACCUGAUUUUAUCGUUAACUCUCCUCUCGGCUUCUCUGACGGCGAGGUAUACAAGCAUAUGGAACAAUGGAUUUUAAAAAAUCCAGAAAACUUAGAGCGACCAUCCUGGUGGCGUGAAGCACUACUAUCUAAAUUGUGAUAAAAAUGGUAUGGUCAAAUGAAUAUUUACAUAUCCGGUGCAAUAUAUUAAUUAUUUUAUAAUGUAAUAUAAGUACGUAUGUUUUUAUGUGCAAUUUACAUGCAUUACGGUGGAAAAUAUUUUUAUAAUAUGUACGAGUUACGCGAAUCGAACGAUUUACAAUUGUUAUACAUAUAAAUAAUAAAUAUACUGUUGGUUCUCAUA